UGGUGUCGAACUUCAAGUAGAGAGCAUCUGACUCUAGCAGAAUUAAAUUCUGUCAGCUGAAAUCCACUUCACGCCCUGUACUCCUGAAUUUCUGUUCCUCACCGAAGCAAUUUUCCUGUCAUUUCGUUGGCGGAUACAUCAGGAUUGACUGCGAGGCAAUCCGGAAACGUUCACAAUCGGCACGCAAGAAAGAUUUUUAGUAACACCUGCGGAAAGUUGAGAGAUUGGCCAGAGAACAACGCGAUAGGUUGCAAAUAUGGCAAACAGCCAGCGUGAAGACAACACGAUAUACUUAACGGAGAAAGAGGCGGAGCGGAUACAGAAGACAGUCAAAGAACGAUUAGAAAAGUGCAAGGAGCAAAGCGGAAAUGUAAAGGCUCCGAGGGACAAGCUAGCUGCUCACCAGCAGGCCACGGGCGCAGCUCUCAUGGCAGACAUGGGAGGUGCACCGGAUCCGGAUAUGAUGCAAACCCAAGGCAAGACUUCAACUACGAUCCCUGUCAUUGGCGUAGGCCAGCCAUAUCCUCCAUGCACGACGCCACUGUCAGAUUUGAAGCCGAUGAAAAUGGCAGAUCUGAAGAUGGAGACGCAUCACCGAGGCUACAAACUGGUUGUAAAGCGAGAGAGCCCAGUAGUUACACUCGUCGCGAGGUCGUGGACUAUGGUUCAGGAUGAGGACGGAAGCGAUGCAGAACGUCUGGAGAUAUUGCUGCACAAAACACGGUACAGCGAAGAUGUGUUGGAGUCCACAAAGCAGUUCAUUAUCAAAGAGCCUUACUUUACCCUCACUGAACAGGGAGAGCCUACUCUUCGAAUCGAUCAUCCCUCUGACCUAGUCAUCUGCCACGAAGAGGGCACCAAAGAUUGGGCUGAUGCAGCGGCAGCGGAGAAGGCAGCUACACGCUUCAAAACUCAGGGCAACAACGCACUUAAGAAGCAGGAUCUCCCACUAGCCCACGAGAAGUACACCACAGGCCUGGCGAUCGCAAAGCAGGACAUCGUCGCAGGAGAGAAUCCCGAUCUAGCGCGCGACAUUUUUCGGAAUCGUGCUUAUGUCAACCUGCUACUAGGUCGGCUAGACGAAGUGAAGACUGACGCACGAGCUUCACUAACCGGAAGAGACGAUCAGAAAUCAAAGGAACUAGAUAGCAAAGCUUACUACCGCGCUGGGUCAGCCUCGUACAACCAGAGCCGCUGGCAGGAAGCCAAACGUUUUUUCCAAGAAGCACAGAAGCUCACCCCGGACGACAAGGACGCCAAAGUACAACUAAAGAAGAUUGAAGCGCGUCUACGCGAGGAAGAAGCAGGAGGCUACAAUCUAAUGAAGAUCAGGACCGGUCUCUCAAAAGCCCGAUCAAGAGUUGACGCUGGAAACUUUAUCAAAAACACUGUAGUCAAAGACAGCCCAGGAAAGGGCCGCGGACUAUACGCUACCCGUGACCUCGCCCCUGGCGAGACUGUCAUGUGCGAAAAGGCCUUUUGCGUAGUAUGGGGUCACGAAGAAGACACUCUUACAGCUAUGACGUAUGACAUCCGCGACGACCGUAUUCGCGUCGCACCCGUCGGUCUCGCAAAAGCGCUCGUUCAGAAAUGUCUCAACCAGCCAUCUCAAACUGAAGACCUAAUGGAUCUCUUCGGUGACUAUCAAGGCGAAGGCAGCGAUGUAUACUCAAACGAGGAUGGCCCCGUCGUAGACAUCUUCCGGGUCCACGACAUCAUGUCGCGCAACGCCUUCGGGCCUGGAAGUCAGUUUGGAGAAGAGAGCGCGAGAAAUGCUAGUACAGGUCUUUGGCGUCACGCUGCAUAUAUCAACCACUCCUGCCUCGCCAACACAACAAAGGAGUUUGCGGGCGACAUGAUCAUCAUCCGCGCUACGGAGCCUAUUAAAGCUGGCGAGGAAAUUUUCCACCCCUACGAUGCUUCGCUUGACUAUGAAACGAGACAAGGGUUCCUGGAAAGGACAUGGGGUUUCAGAUGUGUAUGUAAGCUUUGUGAUGCGGAGAAAGAGGAUGGACAGGAGAUCAGGGAUAAGAGGAUGGAGCUGAUGGGCGAAGCGGAUGCUUUUAUCGACAAGACGCCUUGGGCUGGCGCGAAGAGAGUGGUACUUAGGAAGGCGGCUAAUAUUUUGAAGAGUCUUGAUGCGACGUAUGAUGAGGGAAGGUGGGAGGGGCUGCCUAGGAGACAUACGGAGGGAAUCAAAGCGUGGCUGGUGAAGGCUAGUCCGCGGUAAGGUUGACAUGGAAAGUUCGCAAAGUGCGUAUUUGGGUCAGGGAAAAAGUAGAAUCCAUCGAUUAUUGUGAUGCUAGAAGAUGAACGAUCGUCUGUUUACUAGCUACGGGCUUUCCUUCUAUUCAACAGAAGAUCGGUACAGGAAACUGUCACAAUGAUUGCUUAAUGCUUCAUCGAUACCUUGGGCUCCGUCAUAGGGUCGGCAGUGUACGGUGGCACUCCACUCUCUUCACUACUGAUUGUUAUGAUCUCAUUUGAG